CAGUUCGCUCCUCCCAUGGCGGCGUCGCCCGCUCUCGUCUCGCUGACUCCCGCCGUCUCCAGGCAUCCCCACCUCCUCUUCUGCUCCCCUUGCCCCCCGCCGCGCCACAUCCGCCUCGCCCCUCCAACCGCCACACCCGCCUCGGACGGAAACGGCCUCGGCCCCGGCCCCGGCCCCGGUGUCUUCCUAUCGCCGCGCGCGCUCUCGCAGCUCGACGAGCUCGCGGCCUUCCGCUACGAGCACGCCUUCCCGCACGGCCUCCUCACUGUGCGCGCCCUCUCGCGCGGCCCCGACGACGACGCCGUGGCCGAGGCGCUCGUCCGCCUCCUCGCCUCCUCCUUCUCCGAGACCGUGCGCUGGGCCCCGGCCCAGCGGUACGCGCAGCUCCUCACGUUCGUCAUCCGCAGGUACCUCCACGACCGCCGCGGGCUCGCUCCGCACGCCGCGGUGCUCGUGGGGUUCUACCGCCCCGCCGACGCCGACGCCGGCGCCGACAACGCCAACGCCGCCCCGGAGGACGACGAAGGGGAGGGUGGGGAUGAAGGGGAGAUGGCGUGCACCGCGGAGGUGUCGUUUGACGCGGUGGGCGCACCAGGGGCCCCGCCCACGCCCACUCCGCCGCUCAACUUCCCCUACAUCUGCAACAUGACUGUGAAGACGCCACUGAGAAGGAGAGGAAUUGGAAAGCAACUUCUUAAGGCAUGCGAGGAUCUGGUUUUCAAGAUGAAUGCCAAAAGACGUGUAUACCUUCACUGUAGAAUAAUUGACCAAGUCCCAUUCAACAUGUACACGAAAGCUGGAUACAGUAUUGUCCAGACUGACAGUAUAUUGGUCUGGCUGAGCCUUCAAAAGCGCAAGUACUUGAUGAGCAAGGAAUUACCCCAAGCUUCUGUUGUUAGUGAGACUUCAACCAAAAACUUUGAGUGAUAAUAUUUGACAAGCUGAAUGUGCCACGGGACCAACAGUUGUUCAAGUUAUUGAGCGCUGAUCUAAGUGCCAUCUGAACAGCUGAAGUGACAUCGAAGCUUGUAAUGUUAUCCUCUGAGCAGUAUAUGCAUAUUGCAUCCAAUGAGUUUCCCACCUUUAUACAGAUAUUUCCCCCCUGAAUAACUAUCAGGAACUUCAUAUGACUAAGAUAUUGAUCUCAAGCAAGUCUGCAGCUAAUAUUUCAUCAAGUUUGUCCAGGUGUAUGUCAUGCAUUUCAACUUAUGUGACAUUGAUCUCUCUUUCUGAUUCUUCUACUAGAAAUUUGGUCUACAAUGCCAUCAGUGUAAAAUUGUGGGAUCUAAAGUGCCAAGUGAAAACUUUAUCUUUACUGUGACUGUAAACUUUGGUUGGAGUUUCCACCAUGGGAGUUAACAUCAUGCUGAUGAGCCACUUUGGCCUAUUGUAGCCUCUAGAUCACUUAACCAUAUGAAUCAGGCUAUGUGAAGAUCUGAGGAUACUAGGAUAUCACCUAAUGGAGAUGAUAUAACUGAAUAUCAAUCCAAAUUGACUUUCUUGUGUUCAUAUCCUUAGUGAUGCAAGGCAAUUUUCAACAUGGGAAACUUUCAGUUGCUGACUUCAAUGAUAAUCUUGUCAAAGAACACUGGUCUACUCUAUAGAGUCUAUACUAUGUCAAUUUGUCACUGGUGACUAAGGGUAC